CUCAUUGGUACAAGUCAGUCAGUAUCAAUCAGUAUUGUUUUUCUUGCAUAUUAAUUUGUUUGUCGCUCUUCUCAUAUCUCUUAAAUGUAUUUAGUCGUCUCGUCGUAGUUAACUUUGGUGUUUGUCUCUUCAUUAUAUUUGUCGUGUAUUUAUAAUUUUAUUACUAGAUAUCGUCGCUAAACUGCGUACAUUUCUAAAAUAUUUACGACUGUUCAAUAAAGGUGUCAUUAAUUCUUAUGGGAAUCUAAUGUGUGUGAUGUGAAUUUAUAGUUACCAGGUUCAAAGUGCAUGUUUUAUUAUUAAAAAAUAGUGUCCGUGUUUUAUUGAAGUUUAUUAUUGUGCCAAAAUGUCUUUAGAAGAGAAAUUUAACGCAGCAGUUAAUGUUAUAAGGAGUUUGCCGAAAAGCGGGUCAUACCAGCCAAGCAAUGAGCUGAUGUUGCGGUUCUACAGCUACUUCAAGCAAGCGACAGAUGGACCGUGCGACAAACCCAAGCCUGGCUUCUGGGAUGUGGUCAACAGAGCAAAAUGGGAGUCGUGGAACAAACUUGGUAACAUGACGAAAGAUGAGGCGAUGCAGGCGUACGUAGACGAAUUACACAAGAUCGUAGAGACGAUGUCGUACAGUUCAGACGUAGCCUCUUUCCUAUCAGUGGAUGAUGAUAGUCAGGGUUUCCCCAACAACGACCUGGAGCUGGUCGCCGGUGAUAUACUGGCGCGCGUCAGGUCCGAACACAACACACCAGUUGAUUCAAGGUCUGUGAGCGGCGAGUCGUCUCCGUUACGCAGCCCGUCGCCGACACGUCAACGACACGACGACGACGACGACGAGUUCAUUGACACCGUCGACAUGGACGCUCACGAAGCGGAGGCUACCCAGCGAGCUGCGCUGCGGCUCAGUAACGGACACGCACAUCAGAUAUCCUCACAACUCACACAUCUGAAGGUGUUGGAACAGUUGCCCGGCACGCUGGCGCGGCUCGAAGCAGAUGUAGCGGCACUCAGGAAGGCCGUCGAAGGCGACCGCAGAUUGCUUGAUCAGCAGGCUCGCUGGCGCUGGCCGUGGCAGGACCUGUCGACGCCCACGCUGGUGUUCGUGCUGGCGUGGCCUCUGAUCGCCUUCCGUCUGCUGCAGCGCCUCCAGAGGCCAGCCAAGAACACAUCUUAACGGCUUGGUGCAACAAUCAUCUAGUUAUAAAGAAAUGGGGAACACAAAGUGUCUGAUAGACUUAGUUGUCUGUGGUUUUACGGUACGGGUGUCGUCUAUGGUAUCCAACUUUGUGAAUUAUACGGGAUUUUUAUAUGUCGGUGUGCUGUGCCACAAGUUUUGUGAUAACGUGCAUUUUUUUAUAUAAUUUUCUUUUAU